AUGGCCUGGUUUCGCAAGUACCGGGAUCCCCAUGAGGAAGCAUUGCCGGUAAAUUCACAAGUGGGAGAAACCAAAAUUGGAGAGCAACUGUCACAAAAGUUACAAUACACUCGGUUUGUCGGGGAUGAGACAUUGUCGGCCACUCGGAAGAGUGCGGCUAUCUCAUUAGCUGAGGAGGGAGACGAUGGGAUAGAGAAAGAGAUGGAGGAGGGGAAAGAUGAUGAAAUGGGGGAAGAACAAGGCAAUGAAAUGAAGGAGAGCGAAGACAAGGAUGAGAACGCCUGGAUUCUUCUACUGGGAAUUGCAAGUCUGUUCAUCAUCUAUCCUUAUGGAAAUCUUCGAGCGAUCGAUGCCUACUUCUUUGGCGCAAGCUCGUCUACGGAAUCAGGGUUGAACACGGUCAAUAUCAAUGAGCUGAAGACCUAUCAGCAAGUCUAUAUUUAUUUGAUUCCGAUCUUGGGUAACCUGGGCUUUAUCAACAUUCUCGUGGUUGUCGUGCGCCUGAGAUCACCCCAUCUCCUGAGGCCGAGGCCCAGCAGAGAAGCCUCUGCAGAGCAUGACUUCAAAUCAAAUGAUCGGUCCGAUGACACAGAUGACGCCGUUUUAGAUAAUGAUAUAAAAGAAAGCAAAGGAAAUGUUAUCAAGGAAGAUUAUGACCGAUCCCCGACUUAUAAAGACGAUGAAAUUUCGCCCGAUACCAUCCAAGCUGAAGACAAUUCGAACGAGGAACCGACAACAGCAACAACAUCAAGUUCUAACUUUGAGCAAACUAUUCGUUUUGCGGCGGAUCCACGAGGAGAACAAGGUUCAUCCAAAGCCCUGUAUAUCCCUCCUCCCUGGAAACGUGACAGAGGAAGCGCUAUCGUUGAGGUUGACGACCCAGUGAAUGAUGGUGACUCUAUAAAAGCAAUAUCCACACGCGAUGACGACCCCGGCCUCGGUUCCAGGUCCAUCCGCCGAAGAAUAUCGACCACUCUACCUUCCUCCACUCGGCCUCUCGAGAAGGUUGCGACCGUUGCAUCUAUGAUGUUCGUUAUAGGCGGUUCUACAAGUCGCGGUCAUGCCACCUCACGUGAAAGACCAGCCCUCAAGCCACUUUCCUUGCCACAACUCUCGUCUCACGCAACGCUGGGUCGAAACUCCAACUUUGGCAAUCUUACUACGGAAGAUCGAGAGAGGCUUGGAGGCAUUGAAUAUCGAGCUCUGAAGCUGCUGCUGAAAAUCGUGACGGGAUACUUCGUUGGUCUUCAUCUCUUCGGUGCAAUCUGUCUGGUCGGUUGGAUUUGGCACGCCAAUCCAAAGUAUCGCGACUAUCUCGCUGAAUGUGGUCAAGGCAAUACCUGGUGGGGAUUCUAUACCGCACAAAGCACAAUUUCUAAUCUAGGCUACACUUUGACGCCGGACUCUAUGGUGUCUUUUCAAGAUGCCACAUUUCCGCUGAUCGUGCUAAGCUUUCUCGCUUUUGCCGGGAAUACUUGCUACCCAUGCCUCCUCCGACUUGUGAUCUGGAUCAUGUUCAAAAUCUCUCCAGACAACUCCUCCACGAAAGAAACGCUGAACUUUCUCCUCGAUCAUCCACGCAGAUGCUAUCCACUGCUUUUCCCAAGUCGCCCGACGUGGAUUUUGUUCGGCAUUUUGUUCGUCUUGAACUUCAUCGAUACAUUGUUGAUCCUAGUUCUGGAUUUGUAUAACCAAUCAGUGAACAGUCUUGCUGGUGGACCUCGAGUCCUUGCUGCCAUUUUUCAAGCUGCGAAUUCGCGUCACACAGGAAUGGCCAUCUUCAAUUUGGCUGACGUAAAUCCUGCUGUGAAGUUCAGCCUGGUCGUCAUGAUGUACAUUUCCGCCUUUCCGAUUGCUAUUAGCGUCAGGGCAUCAAACGUCUACGAAGAGAAAGCCCUUGGCAUCUACGCUGACGACCUUGAUACAAACGAAGACAACGGCGAUCAUAUAUUAUACAUCAUAUACAGAACCAGUUGA